AUGGCCACAACCUUACCUCCAGGUUCAAAGCUCUGGCUUCUCAACCUUGGAUACCUCGACGUCGAUGCAUCAGCCCUCAUAACAGGCGCCAAUGUAUGGGCACCUCACCUCCCGCCUCAAAAGCACGACCGCCGCGAGCUGGUCAUGAUCGCAGGCCUUAUCCAUCACCCCGACGUAGGCCUGAUCCUCUUUGACUCUGGCAGCUGCGAAGAUGUCAUCACCAACUGGAAGCCCCAGUUGAACGAGUGCACUCCUCGAAUCUGGGACAAGAGUACCCACGGCCUGCCCGAGGCUAUCGCCGCUACGGGUGCGGGGACUAUUCGCGACGUCAAGGCUGUCGUGCUUAGCCAUCUCCACAAUGACCAUGCCGGUGGGUUGGAGCAUUUCAUUGACUCAGAUGUUGAGAUCUGGUGCCAUGAGGAAGAAUUGAAAUAUGCUUUCUGGGCUUGUGCGACGGGUAUCGAUCGAGACCUAUACGUGCCUCACUAUUUACAGCCCGACCGGUUCAACUGGAAGACAUUCAAUAGAGAGACGUUUGAGAGUUGGUCUGGGAUCACACUGCACCAUACCCCCGGCCACACCCUUGGGUCUAUUUCCAUGGAGCUCAUGCUUCAGGAGUCAGGGUCUGUUGUUAUGACGGGGGAUCUCUUUCAUGUAAAAGAAAAUUGGGAAGACGGACGGCCUCAGGGAUCUCUGAUGCGUGACUAUGCUGCGUGGCAUCGCAGUUGGGACUAUGUGAAGCAUCUUGUCAAUAUCAAGAAAGGAAGAAUUCUGCUUGGACAUGAGCAGAGCUAUUUCAAGGGGUUUCCGCUCAGUCCUAAGUAUUUAACUUGA